UGUGCUGAGAAUGUUGAAGGGCGAUGAUAAUCAAUUCCUUGUAUCAUGGAAAAAUGUGAGUGAAGUAUAUUUUUCCUUGCACGUCGAGAAAGUCGCACAUUGGAUCGCCAUUGAAGUCUCCAUUCCAACGUGGUGCAUCAACAUUUAUGAUUCCAACCAUAGCGUGCUCAGUCCCACUCUGAUGGAGGAAGCGAUCAAGCAUUGGUGCUUAUUGUUGCCUUCGUUGUUAUGGUGUUCUGGCAUGUUUAACGACCAUGAGGACCUCCAGGUAUAUCCUGAGCAGAAUGCAAAGCCUUUUUCAUAUUGUCGUAUUCCUCCGGAGGAGUGUCCUCAGACUAAGACAAGUGGGGAUUGUGGUAUGUUUCCCAUCAAACAUAUCGAGCAUCUGGUUACCAGGCUACCACUCGAUACCGUUAUCGAUGAGAACAUCCAGCAUUUCAGGACCAAGUGGUGUGUGGACCUAUUCUAUCAGAAUUUGUCCCCGUGAUGCUCUUUAUAUUUUUGUCUUACACAUCUUGUAUAG